AUGACUAAUUUCUUGAAUGCAGCUGCAAGUGAAAUAGAAGUGUCAAAAAAUUUUAAUAAUCAUCACUGGAUAUGUAAAGGAAAACGAAGUUUAGCAGUAGCUAUCACAUUGCUACAACAAAAUGAAAUUAUAGCAAUCCCAACAGAUACAAUAUAUGGUCUUGCUGGUAUUGUGUCAAGUACUAGCUCUAUUGAAAAACUCUAUGAAAUUAAAAAACGUGAUAAGGAUAAACCAUUAUCUAUUUCUGUUAACAAUAUAAAUGAUAUAAAAAAAUGGGGUAUUGUUGAUCAUUUACCACAAGAUUUAUUAUCAUUAAUAUUACCUGGACCAAUUACAAUUAUUGUAAAACGAACACCAGCUUUAAAUCCUGCUUUAAAUCCUAAUCAUGAUACAGUAGGCAUUCGAAUUCCUUCUUUCAAAUUUAUAAGUUAUAUUUCUGCAAUAACAGGACCUUUAGCUUUAACAAGUGCUAAUUUAAGUAAUGAAAAAAGUUGCUUAUAUGCUUCAGAAUUUCAAAAUUUAUGGCCCAUGUUAGGUGGAAUAUUUUAUGAUUCCAAUAACUUUGGUAAAUCAAAAUCAAAAUCAAAAUCGAGAAAAGGAUCAACAAUUGUUGAUUUAAGCAAGCCAGGAUAUUAUAAAAUUGUUCGUGCUGGAAUUCAGGUAAAAGGUUUUUGUUCAAUAUUACAAAAAUUUGGAUUAAAAGAAUGCCUUAAUUAA